AUGGCACACAUUCUUGCGAGCCACAAUGAUGCUAGUGGCUUCGCUUCACGCCUUGAUCGGAUGCCGCAUAUAGCUGAGCUCAUCGUGUACCAAGACCCGCGACCGCAACGGCCCCCUAUCAAAGACUGUAGGGAGGACAAUAUAGAGGAUAUGUCAUGGGUGGCGGGCUCGUACGCCUGUCUCGCCGCAUCUCCUCAAGAUGUGAGAUCAAGCAUCUGGACCCGUAUUCUCUUCUUCGCUAUGGGUAAAGAUGGCAAACACUCUAUCAUUCGGACAUGCGAACGUUUCCCGGGCUCGAUGCCUAAUGAAGGACAAUGGCAGUUUCUGCUCAUCUGCAAGCAGCUCUAUGAGCUAGCACUUCCUCUCUUGUACCACUCCCCAGUUAUCACAGGUUUGGUAGGCCUCCAGUCAUUGUCCAGGAAACUGUCUACGCAACUGUCAUUAGGAUCUGAGAUUCGGCUGCUCAUGCUUUACAGGGGCAUUGCAUCCCGGUCUGAGAUUCUCGGUCAGCCAGAGUUGGAUGAUGAUUAUCUCUCUGAGGUGCAUCAGUUGGUCAAGAAUAUCCUGACCAAGGCCCCCAAUCUUCAGCAACUUCUCACCUACGAGCGGGCAUUCUAUAUCUACAGCUGCCCACCUUUUAUUAUGGAUUGGGCAGCAUUGAAAACCCUAUGCAACAUAGCAGGGUCAUCCUUACACACGUUGCACGGCUUCCAGAUGAAGGAUGAAGGCCAGAAAAGCUUAUCGCUCUUCCACGAUAUGAUAGCUAUACGCUCCCUGGAAUGGUAUAGCAGGACAGUGUUCCAUGAAGAUGACGGAGUCUUGCCUACCUGCCUGUCAUCACUUGAAGUGCUGACUCUGGGCCUGUAUGAUGACAGUCUUCUCAGCGCAUUGACGAAAGUCAACUUGCCACGGUUACGAAGUGCAGUAUUCCAACAAGUCAGCAACAAGAAUACCUCUCGCUCGCUACGGGAUUUCCUCGAGAAACACGGGUCAAAGCUGCAGCAUCUCGAGAUGGUCGUCCCGGGUCUGAAGAUCCGUUCCUUGUUCAAAUGGUGUCCCAACCUGAUACGGCUCGUAAUCAAGACUAAUUGCUUGCGGCCGGACUUCUCGGCGGGCGCGUUGAUCUCCCUCAUACACGGUGGAGGAUCUAGCAAAUUGAGAGCAAUGAUUAUCCAGGACGAAAAUGUGUCCACCGUAGCUUCAGACGCGCUCCUUAUUGCAACAUCGUGUCAUCAGGGGCAGGCGCAUCGCAAGUGA